AUGGACUCCGAAUCUGAAGACGAUGAAGGGGAAGAGAAGGUCUUGACCGAUUUGAUAGGACAGGAAACACUGAAUGUCAAAGAUGUUGCCGCGUUCUUGGCGGAUAGGAAGAAGCACUUCCCUACAAAAGCCCGAGUAGAGGCAAAAAAGACUGCCGAGCUGGCACAAACUGGCGAAGACAAGGCUUCCUCGCUAGAAAAACAGGCCGACAAGCUCAGACGACAGCUGCGCAAAGUUGAAUCGUCCAUUAAGCGAAAGCGCGAACAGGGCGACGAAGGUGACGAGAUGCGAGACCCAUCUGAGGAGUCUUCAGAUGACGAGCCAGAAGUUAUGUCUACUCGUUCCCAUGUGGCUCCUCCACCCCCGCCGCCGGCCAAGAAAGCCGACGUCUCCAAACAUUGCAAAUAUUAUUCAACUGGUGGAACAUGCGGCAAGAAGGGCAAGUGCCGUUUCGUCCAUGAUCCCGAGGCUCGUGAAGCGGCUAUGAAGGACCGUGAGGCAAACAAUGGACGACUCACUAUUCAGCAACGACUGAUCCUCAACGACAAGGAGCAAGAGGAUCUUACUGUCCUUCAGUCAAUUCAGUACCUCCGCAAGAAGGGGUUGAUGCAGCCUGAAGAUCCUGAGGUGAAAAAAGAGGCGAAGUCCGCCAAGCCCGAUCUCCCAGCGCACCCGCCCCCUCCAAGUCUACUUCCUGCUGCAUCAGCUUCGUUGCCUCCUCCCCCUGUCAAACGGGAGCCCAACUUGCCUCGUCAUAACCCACCUCCGUCCACCGUUCCUGGCGCCAAUAGUAACCACACUCAGGGAGUCAAGCCCUAUCAAGGAUGGACAAUGAGGCCUUACGGAAGCACGAACGGGAAGUCGACUAAGAGUGAUGAUCUGCCUUGA